GAUGAAAAGACGGUGAGACGCGGUAAUCACCCCGCACCUAGCCAGACCGGCCCCAGCAGGUGAGACGGCUGUCCGCCCCGGCCCCUGUGUCAAUACCGUCCUAGCGACUGCCAAGGCUGGGGUUAGAAAGACUUUCAGGCUGAUAUGCGAUACGAGAGGGUGAAAUGGUGAACGGCCCAUCAACUGAGAUGAAGGAGGAUGUUGGUCUAAAAAUGCAAAGUAUCUACGAUCUACAAUGGACAAGAAGUCGAAGACCUCAGACCGCAACCUGGAAAAUUCCAAAGACCGAUACAAGAAGAGAAAGUUAUAGUAAAUCAGCCCAGGAACAUGGACAUCCCUACGAGCACCAAUCUUCCGUUACAUCCUCCGAUCCGUCUUCUUCGAUGGACAUCAGUGGUUUGCAGGUCUUUAACGGCCAGACGUCCGCCGCGAGCUCCCCGUGGUGCUAUAGAUUAAGCAACUCUUCUUUGGUUACACCCCGCAUGGAUGGAAAACUUCCUCUUAUCUACACCUCCAAUGAUCUCCCGAAGACCAGCACAUCAACCGGUGGAUCCCAAACACCUCUACAUCAUAACGGGAGCCAAAGCACCCAAACCUAUCUCACAUCCAUAGAGAUAAAAACCCCCUGGUAUAUGACUAUACUCCACGAAAAGGAACGUUGUCUGAUGAAGUUGGGAGAAGAGAUAAAUCGUCUGUCCAGAUACGAAGUGGAAUGUAAGAAGAAAGACAACAUCAUUUGCACGUUGAGGAAGGAAAAUACGCAGCUACGGGGUGAUUUGGAUCAGGCUAUCUCCACCAGGGCUGACCUGGAAGAGGAGGAUGCAGGCCCAGAGCAGCAGCCUUUAUUAAACAGACCCGAUCAACAUGAAACAACAGAUUUUGAUGGAUCUCCCGUCAGUUCUACUCUUCCUGAGGAUCUGGAGGACACCGCACUCAGUCCCGGAAAUUCAGGAAUCGGACGUCCGGGAGACAAUUUAUCUCCUGCCUCCUCGUCGCCGAGUUCGUCUCAGAAAGAAAGUCGACUGGCGGAUACAGAUGCGGAGCAGCGAGGUUUGGUUGAGGACAACAUCUCGGAAGCGGUGGGUAACGCCUUUGAAGAUGGCCGACAGAAUCAGGACCGGACUAACGGCCCUCAGGAUCUACCGGAAGACCAAGAGAAACAGAUGAAGAAGUUACAGGAAGAACUAGACUCCCUCCAAAAAGACAACGAGCUGUCUAAAGGCACGGUCGUCUCUCUCCAGAGAAUGAUUUCACUCCAUGAGUCUCGACUCCGAAAAACCGAGUCUGAAAAGGAAGUUCUGCAAAAAGAGCUGAGGGAUCGAGGGAUUCAGAUACAGGCCAUGUCUGCUAAGUUUUCCAGCCUACGAGAAGAACGCAAGCGUGAAGAGAUCCUGGCAGCUGUAGAGAAGGAGAACUUCACUCUCAGAGAGCUCGUUUCAGAAUUGAAAUCAGAAUUGGCCAAGAGAAAUGACGUGGUGGGAGAUUUCAAGAAUGAAGUUCAGAGGCUGCAGAGGGAGAGCGCCGAUUAUCAAACACAACUGACGAAAUGCAAGGGCGAGAGGAAGGAGUUUCAAGGCAGGGCCGAGGAUUUAACGCUCUCUGUACAACACAUGAAAGUGGCCCUGGAGUGUAUCCAGUCAAGGUUUGAGAGAUUCCGCAGUAAAAUCGUUCAGGCUACGUACAGCGCCCCGGGUGUGAAGCAUCCGCUGGCUGAAAUCACAGAUACUGAAGUCCUCGAAGCCAUGCAGAAAAUAAUCACAGAACGCUCGGACUUUCAUCAGCAACUAAAGCAGAAAGGAGUAAAAGUUCCUCCGCUCCACGGCUCAGAACAAUUGCCGACGGCCAAGCAAGCAUCGUCCAUCACACAUAAAACUAAGUCCAAAUAGCCGUAAACCAUGAC